AUGGGAAUUCACGGUCUCUCCAAAGUCAUUGGAGACAAUGCCAAGGAGGCCAUCAAGGAGGACGACAUCAAGAACUACUUUGGCCGCAAAGUUGCUAUCGAUGCUUCCAUGUCCAUCUAUCAGUUCAUGAUUGCUGUCAGGCAACAGGACGGUCAGCUUUUGCAGAACGAGAACGGAGAAACCACAAGUCAUUUGAUGGGUAUGUUCUACCGGACGCUGCGUAUGGUCGACAACGGUAUCAAGCCUGUUUAUGUCUUUGAUGGAAAACCCCCUACAUUGAAGUCUGGCGAGCUCGCCAAGCGUACUCAGAAGCGCAAGGAGGCUAAUGCAAGCAAAGAGGAAGCAGAGGAAGUUGGUGAUACAGAGGCUAUCGACAAGUUCAACAGGCGGUUAGUCAAGGUCACGCCCGAGCACAACGCCGAGUGCAAGAAGCUGCUGAAGUUACUCGGAAUCCCAUACGUCGAGGCACCGUGUGAGGCUGAGGCACAAUGUGCGGCGUUGGCAAAGGCAGGAAAGGUGUACGCUGCAGGAUCCGAGGAUAUGGAUACACUUACUUUCGGAUCACCCAUCUUGCUUCGCCAUUUAACCUUCAGUGAAGCUAAGAAGAUGCCUAUCAGCGAGAUCUCAUUGAGGAAGAGCUUGGACGGACUCGGUUUCAGCAUGGACGAGUUCAUUGAUUUGUGUAUUCUUUUGGGAUGCGAUUACUGCGACUCGAUCAAGAACAUUGGACCUACUCGAGCCAUCGCGUUGAUCAAGGAACACAAGAACAUCGAAACCAUCUUGGAGAACCUCGACACAAAGCGCUAUCCCAUUCCUGAUCACUGGCCUUACAAGGAUGCGCGUGAAUUGUUCCGCAACCCUCUCGUCACCGACCCUGCCACCAUUGAGAUCAAGUGGGAGUCGCCUGAUGUUGAGGGCUUGGUCGAGUUCUUGGUCAGGGAUAAGGGAUUCAGCGAGGAGCGUGUCCGAAAGGGAUGCGAGAGAUUGGAGAAGAACUUGAAGACUGCAACACAGGGACGUCUGGACGGCUUUUUCACCAUGACACCCAAUGCCAACAAGCGCAAGGCUGAGGAACCCGCUGGAGGCAAAGGAAAGAAGGCCCCAGCAAAGGCCAAGGCCACUUCUGGACGCGGUCGCCCAAGGAAAUAA